GACCCCUCGUGCACUGACAUCCACUUGUUUGUGUAGGAAUCUACUCCACUCACACAAUCAAAGACUCUAUGACGGUGCAGAGAGGAAAGAAGCUCAGCAUCUCCAUCCAGGAACACAUGGCCAUAGACGUUUGCCCCGGCCCCAUCAGACCUAUCCGACAGAUUUCCGCCUACUUCCCCCGUCUGUCCCCCACCUCCCCUGGCCCCACUUCCCCCAACCCUGCUACCUCCCCUCUGGCCCUCAGCCCUGGCUCUGUGGCCACGGGGAUGGGCGGGGCUAACCUCUUGUCACCCCUGUUAGCCCACGGGCGGCCUGGCGGGGGCGGGUCUCUGUCUCUGACCAGCAGCGUGGACACGUCGGUGGAGAUGAACAGCUCCGACAGUGACGACUGCACUGCUCUGGGGACGCUGGAGUUUGAGCUGAGAUAUGAGCAGAGCUCCAGUGAGCUACACUGCACUGUGCUGCGGGCCAAGGGUCUGAAGCCCAUGGACUUUAACGGGUUAGCUGACCCGUACGUAAAGCUACACCUGCUGCCUGGAGCCUGUAAGGCCAAUAAGCUAAAGACGAAGACGAUCAGAAACUCUCUAAAUCCAGUGUGGAAUGAAACGCUUACUUACGUUGGGAUCACAGAGGAGGACAUGCACAGGAAGACACUCAGGUUGACCGUCUGUGAUGAGGACAAGUUGACUCACAAUGAGUUAAUUGGAGAGUCGCGAGUCCCCCUCAAACGAGUUAAACCCGACCAGACGAAACAUUUUCACACCUGCCUGGAACAUCCACCACCGCUCCCCUCUCCAACCGCCAUGGGUGAAGCUCUGCGAGGGAUCUCCUGCUACUUAAGAGAGUGGGAAAACCAGCAGCUGCACAGCCUGGAGGAGAGAGGUCGUCUUCUUCUCUCCCUGCAGUUUCUGCCACCGCUCGGUUUGGAGGAUGAAGGUCUGGAGGGAGGAGGAGGAGGAGGGGGAGGCGAAGGAGAGGGUGAAGGACGUCGCAGUGGAGGUCUUUGUGUUGGAGUGAAGCGCUGCGCCCACUUAGCAGCGAUGGACGUCAACGGAUUUUCAGACCCCUAUGUCAAAAUAUAUCUGAAGCCCGACAUACAGAAAAAAUCCAAGCACAAAACAACAGUGAUGAAAAAAACCCUCAACCCUGAAUUCAAUGAGGAGUUUUUCUACGAGAUCUCCCUGUCCGAGCUGGCCAAUAAGACUCUGGAGGUGACCGUGUGGGACUACGACCUGGGACGCUCCAAUGAUUUCAUAGGUGGCGUGUGUCUGAGCUGUCACUCUCAGGGCGACGCCCUCCGUCACUGGAUGGACUGCCUGAAGAACCAAGGCAGGAGGGUGGAGCGGUGGCACAUCCUGACUAACGAGCUCCCACAAACCCUCAGCCACGACUAAAAAACCUGCACAGCAUCCUGCAGGCGGUCACUGUCAGGUAACAAGCAGUUCAGCAGAGAUCCUCUGUUUUCUUUGAGGGACGGACUUGAGCAACUUCACCACAGGAAUGAAAGCAAAGUGUA